UGAAGGCAUGAGUGGGGAUUGGUGGUCGUAUUUGUUUUCAUGCGUAAUUUCAUUAUUUAUAAAAUGAUAUGAAUAUGGUAACUGAGGGACAUUGGCAGCCUGUAAAAACACUAUGAGAGUGAACUUUUGGGCUGUUGAUGCCGGAUAAUCAGUUUUACUUAUGGUCAGUAUUUAUGGUUGAAUCACGUUGACACAUUUUCUGUGCUGUUGGAUGCACAGAGAGGAUGGGGUGGGAGAGAUUGUUAUAUGAAGUGCGUCCUACUCACAUCCAUCACCAUUACCACCCUCUCUGUUUUGGCAGCAGUGGUGGCAAUAUGUACCACCGCAAGUGCUGUUUUGUCUGUAGCAUUGCAUUGCUGCCUAUCUUGUUUGUGUUGUAUGGACAAGUGUACCAUGAAGCUCAGAACAGUGAGAGUGAAACACACACAGUAGCCAUUCCGGGGUGGUCAUAUAACACUAGUCGAGAUCUUCGGCGAUACGUCCUACCAGACAAUGUCACUGCAAUCAUUCCACAGUUGGACCUUUGUAGUAGUCCAGAGCUCUUUCUUUUGGUGAUUGUAUGUUCAGCUGUGGCCAAUUUCAAGGCAAGAGCAGCCAUUAGAGAAACAUGGGCUUCUGCCCCUUCUAUGACCAAUUCAAGCAGCUCCAUCAAAGUGGCCUUCCUUCUGGGUGAUCCAGAUAAUUCCACAUUACAGGAGCUGGUAGAAGAGGAGAGCCUUCAGUAUUCAGAUAUUAUCCAGGAAGGUUUUGUUGAUAGCUAUAACAAUCUAACCCUGAAGUCAGUCAUGAUGCUCAAGUGGGUAACCACUAAUUGUCACUCAGUAUGGUACAUAAUGAAGACAGAUGAUGACAUGUUUGUUAACAUCAAUAACCUUGUUAGUCUACUGAAAGUGCGCAACAUGAGCAACCUUCUGGUUGGUGCUCUUAUAUGUGGAGCACGCCCCAUUUCAGAUACCCAGAAUAAGUGGUAUGCUCCACACUACAUGUACCAAGGGACAUUAUACCCCAAUUACUUGUCUGGUACGGGGUACAUCAUGUCACGAGAUGUGGUGUUACGGCUCUACCAUGCUGCUCUGAAAACACCUCUGUUCCAUUUAGAGGAUGUAUAUCUGACAGGCCUGUGUGCCCAUGCAGCUGGAAUCCGACCAAGACACCAUCCAGCCUUCACAUAUAAUAAACGAAAGCUGGAUGCUUGCUUGUACAAGGAUAAAACAGUUAUCACUAGCCAUCGUGUUAAUAGUUCUGAAUUACGGAAGGUGUGGUCAGAAAUGAACAGUCCACAGCUGGACUGCAGUGGAUUCACAGCCACAACUGCCCUUGCUGCACAAAAGUCUGGUGCUAAGACUGGAAAGCAGCGUGUUAUGAGUAUCAAACGUUCCAGUAAAUGCUUCUGAAGAACAGUUGCAAAUGCUACUCUCACAAUUGUAGAAAGUGUAAAUAUUUGCAUAAAAAUAUUCUUUUGUAAGAGCUGUUAUUUAUGGUAGAAUUAAACAAUUGAAAAUAAAUUAUCAGGAUUUGAACCUGGACAGUAUGAAUGUUUGAGAUGUUAAUAGGGAGAAAGAAUCCUGCCCCUAAACUCUUAAUGCUCGAGUUUGUAUGUUUGAGAUAUGUGAAUAUUUUUGUUAGUUUGAAUUAUUAUAUAAUUCCUAUAUUUUUCCUUUAUACUUUGUGAUGACCCUAAAAGGCUUGUCAGUUUGUUAUAUGGCAGCUUUUUUUUAAAUAUGUGUGGUUUAUGUAUUACACAGUUGUACAUUUUCAUUUGUAUGAAAUACUGCAGAAAGAUAUUCUGUAUUAUAUCACAGAAACAAAAAUUUGCUACAUAAGUGGUGUGUACAAAAAGUAUGGAACCUUUGGUCGGCAGAAAUACAUUUAUUGAACUGCAGAAAGAUAUUCUGUAUUAUAUCACAGAAACAAAAAUUUGCUACAUAAGUGGUGUGUACAAAAAGUAUGGAACCUUUGGUCGGCAGAAAUACAUUUAUUGAUUUGGAGGUACAAAACCCUAAUCCCCUUCAAAGUAGUCUC